GGGUCGGGCGAAGACCCUCCUCAGAGCCGGGCGAGGGGCGGGGCGCCGGGCCGCGCAGGCGCAGAGGCACCCGCCGCCCCUUCCCACCCGUGCACUGCACGCGCCGGGGGCGCGGGGUCUGUGAGGGCUAGUGUCCCCAAUGAGGUACGGGCAGCGGCGUCCCGUGUGAGGCGCGUCUCCACGCCCCUGCCCUACCGUUCGCUACCUGUGCCCGGAGGUGACUUGAAGGGCAGGGCGGAGAGGCCGGAACUGCGGGCCUGUGGUGCACCUGCAGAACGGUCCUGCUCGCAAGGCUUGUCCGCUGCACCCGGACCAGCUCUCUCCUCGGCCAAUACCAUUCCCACCCCUAUGGCCCCACUCCACUCCACCGACUUCUCCAUCUUUUCCCCUUCACAGGUCACUACCACCCCCACAUCCUCCUACCAACCCUCUUCCACCACCUCUCUCUCAGGUCCAGGUUCUCAACUCAUUGAGUACGGUUCUUCCUCUGAGAAAGAGGGAGGAGGGACCAGGACCGGACCUACACAGUGGUUGCCUGGAUGGGCUUAGGAGCCUUUUUGAGGGACCUCCUUACCCCCAUCCUGGGGCUGUGAUACCUUUCCAAGCCCCUGGGACUUCCCACCCUUCCUCUACCACUCCAUCAGGAGAUCAGAGUAUGGAGGAACACCUGGCUGUCAUGCACGAGAGACUAAGACAAGAGCUUCCCACCCUUUUCCUCCGCUCCCAUGACUACACCAUAUACUCAAUGGAUGUGGAAUUCAUCAAUGAGAUCCUGAACGUUCGCACCAAGGGCCGGACAUUUUACGUUAUGUCCCUGACCCUUUGCCGCUUCCUGGCUUGGAACUAUUUUGCACAGUUCCGACUGGAGAUCUUACAGCUGACCCGCCACCCUGAGAACUGGACCCUACAAGCCCGCUGGCGCCUGAUAGGUCUGCCCGUACACAUGCUGUUCCUGCGAUUCUACAGGCGCGAUAAGGAGGAUCUUUACCGGACCUUUGAUGCCUUUUCCACCUUCUACCUGAAUUCCAGUGGCCUCAUUUGUCGCCAUCACCUGGACAAGCUGAUGCCUUCACACUCACCAUCAACGCCUGUGAAAAAGCUGCUUGUGGGAGCCCUGGUGGCCCUGGGGCUGUCAGAACCUGAGCCCAGCUUACAUCUGUGCUCCAAGACCUGAUCCAGACUUGGGUGAAGGCCGCACUGAAGACUGCUACGCACAAAAGGAGGUGGAGGUAGACAGGAAUGUCGUGCCAGCUGCCGCCCUCCACUCUCCUUCCUUCUUCCCAUCAUGCUGUGUAAAGCUGCUGUGUAAUUUAACUUGUAAAUAAUAAAGUUUAAGCAAUGAUAUAA